UAUCUGGGCCCCGGGGCCACCACAGCGGGGGCCACCCGCCCCUCGCCGCCCUACCGGCAGGACCCCAAGCACGGGAGCCCGGGCGUGGGGCAUGGGCGUCCCCUCGCAGCAGCAGAACGGCUCGGCCGUUCAGAACAGUCAGCUGUUCAAGGCCAUCACCUCCAGCCAGCCGGCGCCUAGCAACCUCAAGCUGCUCAUGCAGCAGGGUCAGCAGGGGCCCACCUCCGCAGGACAGUCCGUGCACCAGCCCAUGGCUCCGGGGCCCAUGGGAAAGGGCCCUGGUGGAGGCCCGGACUCCUUCUCCUUCAACAACACCAAGCCCCUGCGCCACUUUGACCCCGACCUGACCGUGGCGGCGGCGAGCCAGCAGCAGCAGAAGAUGGGCGGACCUGCCAGCCUUCCGUCGCCGGCGGCUAGCGGUAACGGUGGCCACGGGCCGAUGGGAGGACCGGCCUACCGUGGGCCCAGCAUGCAGACCGCACCUCCAGCAUCAGCGGCUGUGGCUGCCAGUCACAACCACUUGUUCCAGCAGCGGAUGCAGAGGGCCAUGCAGAGGGGCUCGGGGCCUGGAGGAAUGGUCUGCAGAGAGGACCCAGGCGCUGGGAUGGUUCCUCGGCUCCAGGACCCAUCGUCUGUUCCACGGCCCGGUCAGAGUAGCUACAACAACAUGCUGCUGAAGUCCCAGCUGAUACGCAAGCAGCUGGAGAAGCAAAGACAGAUGGAGCAAAUGAAUGGAGGCCCCAUGUCAGACUGCCAGCAGGUGAUGCCAUUCCAAGGUGGAGGACGACCUCUACCAGGUGAUUGUGGCUAUCCAAUGGGAGGCCCCCAGCCCAACCCCUCGAUGCUGACCCAUGCCUCCAGUCGGAUGGGUCUCCCCCCCGGCUCUCUCAACCAGGUGGGCCCAUAUGGAGGCCAGGUCAUGGGCCCCACUGGCUCUAAACAGCAGGCCCUCUACCACCAAGCCCAAGAGUUUGGCAUUCCUAUGCGGCCAGCCCAGGGCAUGAUGGGAAUGGGGGGUCCUCCAAGGCAGGUGGUGUCAGCAGCAGCGGUGGCGGCAGCAGCGUCUCACAUGGGUCACGGCGGCGUGCGGAUGUCUGGGCCAGGGAUGGCGGGAGGCGGCAUGCCCACACAGCACCUGCGGCAGGCCCUGAGUCACGGCGGCGGCGGCGCUCUUCCCCCUCGGAUGCUCUUAACCCCUCAGCAGCAGCAGCAGCAGCAGCAGCAGCAGCAGGCCCAAGCCCAGGCCCAGGCCCAGGCGCAAGCCCAGGCUCAGGCCCAAGCUCAGGCCCAGGCCCAGGCUCACGCACAGUCCCAACUCUGGCAGCACCAACAGUCGCACAUGGACCCCUCGGGCCACCAGCACGGCUUCUCCGGCUGCGGGGGGCCCUCCCAGUUCCCUCCCCAGCAGCAGCAGCACGCCCUGCGGACUGGCAUGCCGGCCAACUUUGGCCCCCGGGGGCCACCUCCCCAGAACCAGAUGACCCUGGCGGUCCGGCACGUGCAGAGGUUCCCGUCGGGGGCCAGCAUGGGACCGGGGCAGCCGAUGCCCUCCAGGCCCCAGCAUAGCCUGCGGCUUCGCGGGCCACUGUCCGCCAUGGCCGUGAUGAAGCCGGGUGGCCCCUCCAUGAUGCACCACCCGGCCCACGGCCUAGCGCCUCCCAGCUACCCGUCCUCGGCAGCGGCCGGCAAACACCCCGCCUCGGUGCAGGGGUACGGACCCGGGCACAACCCAGGACACAAACUGCCCCCGUACGACCUGCCCCCGCAGCACCAGAGCAACGGGGGCAUGUCGGGGCCGCCCAGAGGACCAGGCGGUGGGGUGGGUGGUGGCGCGGCCGGCGAGGUGGACUUCAUAGACACGCUGGUGGGCUCCAACGACGACUGGCUCAACAACCUCACAAUGAUCGACGAGUACCUGGAACAGAACUCAUAGGUGUCUCAGAGGUUGUGGACUCCUUGACUGCUUCACUUGAGAACUGCCAUCAGGAGGAGAUGGCCCCAAACAAGGCCCCGUCACUCAAACUGCAUUACCCCAGAAGUCAUGGGUCUAAUAGUCUCUGAGAGGGUCUGUAAAGCAGGUCCACUAACCCAGGCACUCGGGUGUGUUAGCUGUUGUGAGUGACUGGUUUGAUGGUGCACUGCCAAGCCCCCCCCCCCCCCCCAGUCCCUCACACACUCCAGCUCAUAUGCCUGGUCUUGUGCAUGUGCCAGUGGCAGGCACCGUUUUAGUCACACGUAGGUAUGUGACACAGGUCACACAGUCCUCCUCACCACGUACUGUAUUUCAUCCAUGAGCUGUUAACAGCCACACUAUGGCUACCCACUACCAAUAUUUAUACUAAUAACGACAUUUCAAGUCUCAAAAGCCUGUUGGGAAUUGAGUGAAUACCGUGUGAAUGAUUUGGUUUGUUGUUGACACUGCAACAAAUGCAUUCAGUCAGCAUACCUGAUCACCUCAUUGGCAGAUUUUAAUUGGUGAUACCAAAUCACUCGCUUGGUUACAGCUUUGUGUAAACUGGGGUAUCCAUAGUUACUAAUUGGCCAAUAGGGGCACAGCGAUUUUGCUUGCCACUGUUGCCGUGGCAAUGUUCAUUUACAUUUCCAAUUGAAAACAACAUAUGGGUAUUCAUAAAGGGGCUUGCAUUGUAUAUAGUGAAAUAUUUUGUAAAAUAGUUUUUUCAUAAGUGUAACAUACAAAAGAAGUAAACAUAUUUAUACUCCUUUUCUGAAAAUAAGUUCCUCCAAUUUCCUUUGUAAAUAAUUACUAAAAUGGGAUAAAUAAAACAAAUAAAAACAUGAUCUGGUAUGAAAGAAAAAAAAAAUAAACCAGAAAAUUAUAGCAAGAAAAGAAAUUGGUAUUACAUUAGGAGAAUCUAAUUGUAAUUUGAUUUUUAAAAUAUGCAAAACUAGCUAGUUUUCCCCAGUAAUACUGUGUAUUACAAAUGAAAUAUUUGUUAUGUUUUUGACAUAACUCAGCUCCUGGUACUUGAGUUUGGCCCAGGGUGUUCUUUUUUUUUCUGUCUUUUUUGUGAGAAAGAGUCAGAGCACACUUCUCUUUUUUACAACCAUUGUUGUGAAACUAUACAGCACCCUCUCUCUCUCUCUCUCUCUCUCUCUCUCUCUGUCUCUUUCUCUCUCUCUCUCUCUCUGUCUCUUUCUCUUUGCCUUUCUCUGUUUUUUUCUUUCUCUCCUGCUCACUCUCAUUCUCUCAAGUCCCCACACUCCAUUCCUGUACUCACUAGAAUUCUCCCUUUAUGGUUCCGGCCAUUUAUAAGACAAUGCAUCAGACACCAGUGUGUCUGUCUCCUGUUUGGCAACAGGCACGGAAAAUCCGGGGAGUUAUGGGAUCUCUGUACUGUAGUGCCCGGGGAGGGGGGGGGGGGGUGGGGGUAGGGGGUGGAGGGGCAGCAGUGGGCUUUUCAUCCGGAGGGAGAAGACAGGCGCUACCUGUGUCCACACUGAAGAGCAUAUUAUUGUUGUGUUUUAUCCUCCUGUGUCUUCACACCCUCGCUGGAAUCCAUACCAGUGAAGUGAGCCCAGCUUGGCCUCACUUGACGUGUGGUUAACAAAGGUGCCGGUUUUGCAUACAUUUCCCAGGAUUCACUGUGCCAGUUCAAGGUUUAUCCAUGUCUAUGAGUUUUUGUAGCUGAGGAGAAGAAAUUAAAGCCAUUAUAAUUUGUGAAUAUCUGUGAUUAUGAUUUUUUUGUCUUGAUAUUUUUAGAGUAAAAAAUAAACUAUGUAA